CCCUGCUGAAAUGCAAAACUUGUUGCUGGUGCUUGCGGUCUUUACGCGCAGUGCUGUGCGUCUCAGACAUCAAUAUGUGAUCUAUAUGGCAAUCGUUUCUAAACGCGAAAACUGGUGCUAUUGGAAGAGACUUGCUCAGUUUGUAAGCGCUGGCUGUAAUUUAAUUUGCAGUCAAGCUUUUCGUUUGCGCGGAAUAUGAGAAGAACCGAUGGGACUGUGUUGGCCAGCAGCAGCUCUAUGGUGGCGGGCUUUGGAUAACGCAUGUGCUUCCUAUCGCUCGGAGCUCCGGAGACGGGCGCACAAAGACGAGCACUCGGGGUCUACACUGGACUGUUUUCCCCAUCUUUUUCCUCGGCUUCAUCACUUGUGCAGUGCAGCCCGAGGGAACUAUUUAUUUUCAACUUAUUGAGUUUGAAAGAAUCCGUUUCUAAGAGAAAGUGGAUACCAAAAAUAGGCUGGGUUCGUGGAUAUGUUUGUGGAACGCUGGAUAGUGUUGUGAUGCGCGUUCUCAACGCAUUCUUAAACAGAAAGAAACGUUUACCUCUGGACAUUUGACAGUAAAGUGGAAUAAUAAUCUCUGGAGAAUAAUGUGAUGGAACGUGUUUUAUAUUAACUUUUCUAUAUAUGUUAUAGCAUAUUCUCAGUUGAGGGUAUUUUUUGUGGUAAGGAAGAUUUUUAUCGUUUGGUUGAGCUUUUUUAAUGUGCACAUUUUUACUUAGUAAAAUAAAAAUAAAAACGAACAUUUAAUUUAAUUUAGUACCUCUAAGAAAAACUGAAAAAACAUGGAACUGAUUAUAAACUAGAACGCAAACUUUUUAGUUUAUGUGAAGCAUCUAACUAGUCUUAAAAUAUCAGAUUCAUUUAGAAUAUCACAGACUUUAACAGUAACUAAAAAUUUAUUAUUAAUUAUUUUUUGAUGGCGAUAUCACCUUUGAAUUUCAUCCAUGUUUUUUACGUCUUUUUGUUGAUGCUACUUGAGUUUGCCAAAGUCAAAAAAUAAAAGAGGCAGCAGACUCUGCAGUGGAGCCAGGCGAGCUGGCUGUCAUGUGGGAUUGAUCGUGGGAAGUAUGUUUGAGCUGGAACAGUUUGGGCCACAGAUUAAUAACAGAAAUUUUGGCCACACAGAGAAAAACUUCAACAAGCCAAAAGUGAGCAUGAACUCGCAUUACAAGAGCCCAGGUUUUCAUACUGGAGGCUCGCAGAAUACAGCGGAGCCUGGUAUGGGUCCACUUAAUGAAACUCCUGUGAUUGAGAUGAACAUUAACAUGAGUAGAGGAGAACAGUAUGGUGGAUUUCAACGGGGACAUUCAGAACUGCAUACAGGGAAUCUCCAACAGCAACCCUCCAUGCAUGGAUUUUUUAACCCUCAACAGCCUCAUAAUCAUUCACACGGACAUCAGACACAUCCACAUCAACACUUUGGGGGAAACUUUGGACCUGAACCAGGAUCCUCUUGUUUACACAGUGGAAGGGUGAUGGGUUACAACAGCAGUAUGGGACUCCAGCAAGGGUUCACAGAGGGUUUUGACUCGCUCUCUGAAGGACAGUCAGCAGAUGGUGGCUUCUCUCAGCAGCAGCAAAGGACAAGCUCUAUGUCGGAUUUUCAGCACCAUGGACCACCCAGUGGAAAUCACCCUGUUCCAGCCCCGUGUCUCCCCUUGGACCAGUCACCUAAUCGUGCCGCCUCCUUCCAUGGCCUGUCUUCCUCAUCCUCUUCAUCAGAAAGUCACAAUCUUGAGCCAAGGCGAAUGCCGCCGCCAGCCGCUGUCGAAGGACUGGACUAUAGCUUUCCUAACGAGCCCUCAUCCAGACAUUUUGACGUGCCUGUGUACUCCCCCUCUGAAUCUGAUUCUCAGCUUUCUCAUUUUGGGACAGGGCGCCAGGUACCAGGGUCCAAUUUUCCUGGAAACACAGGGUUGUCUCGCGCUCCUGGAAUGCAGGGCAUCGCUAAAGAGCACCCCCAUGCCCCUCCUCAGCAGCAGCAGCCGUCAGCCCAGCACAGUGUGUUCUUUGAACGUUUUGGGGGUGGACGCAAAAUACCAGUGGGGAUAGAACCUGGUGCCAGGCAUCCUCUCAUGCAACAGCAGCAGCCAGGCUUGAUUGGACGACAGAACACUUGCCCACCAUCUCUCCCACAACCCCCACUAUCAGAGACAGCUUCUGCUAAUGUCGGCAUGCAGGAGGGUGGCGUCAUGAUGCCUGGCCAACAUAAUCAGUUUGAAUACCCUAUUCACAGACCAGAGAACAGACGGAUACAUAGUUAUGGUGACCCCAUCUUCAACAUGCAGCAGCAGCCUCCCCCUCCUCAGCAGCCUCCCAACCAGAGGUUGCAACACUUUGAUUCUCCUUAUUUAAAUAUGGGUAAGAGGCCCAGGUUUGAUUUCCCCAAUGCCACUCAUGGCAGGGAGAGCUGCGGCAGUUGGAACAGCGCUAUGGAGAAUAAUCUCUCUCCAGCAGCCUACCCUGGCCUGCCUGGAGAGUUCACCCCUCCUGUGACGGAUGGCUUCUCGACAGGCCCAUCGCUGCAGCUAACAGGCUCUGAGCAACAAUCGAUGCAGCAGCAGCAAAAUGCAGCAAUGAUGAUCAAGCAGAUGGCGUCUCGGAGCCAGCAGCAGAGGAUGAGACAACCCAGUCUACAGCAGCUGGGUCACCACAAUGAUGUUUCUCAAGGGCCCCUGGGACCAGGGGGCCCAGUGGGAGGCAUGCCUCAGUCAAGUUUUGAGAGAGAAAAUGGUGGGAGGAUGGUGAACUUUGAUGGACGGAGUCCACACAUGACUAUGGAGAGCGGGUGGUUUCCUGGGCCACAUCCACCGGGGGAAAUGCUAGGUCAUCGCAUGGGUUCAAGUGGUGAGAUGGGGGAUCGAGACAUCCAGCAAAAUGGUCCUGGAAUGAUGUUCAGAGCUGGUGUGAGUGGAAUGGGCAUGCAGGAGUCUAUGAGAGUCCCAGGAGAGGGCCACGUGCAGCCUUUACUGUCGCCUAACAUACACUCACAAUUCAACAGUGGCAUGGGAAGCCUCUCGCAGAUGCAGUCUCCCAGUGCAGGUGUUGGAUUGCCCAACACGCCAUCAGAAAGACGCUCAAAUGACUUUCCAGGACCACCCAUGGGUGGUCCGUCCCAGUUUCAAUACGGAGGCUCUAAUCGACAGGGAGCCUCUCAUGGUAACUCUCAAGGGGUGAACACCUCACCGGGGAGCUUUACAUGCCAAUCAGACUUUCCCACUAGCCAGCGUUCCUCAGUCAGCAAACUUGGGGGACUGUCUUUAGGGAAUUUUAGCAAAACGAAUGGCAAGGACAAUGUUUUUGGACAGAGCUGCCUGGCAGCCCUCUCUACUGCCUGUCAGAACAUGAUUGCCAGCCUGGGGGCCCCUAACCUCAAUGUGACAUUCAACAAGAAGACUCAGGCAGAGGGGAAACGAAAGCUGAGUCAGACAGAACAAGACCUGAAUAACAGUGCGGUUAAUGGCACUGGGAAUACUGGGACAGAAUAUUUCCCAAGCCUUACUGCCCCCCAAAAUGGGCAAAUGCCUCCUGCUGGAAAUAGCAACGCUAAGCCACUGAGUCAAAAUCAGACGGUGCAGGGGGAAGCCAGCGCCCUCUCCCCGAAUUUCAACAUGGACACUACCCCUUGCAGUGAGGGGAAGGCAGCAACAGGGAGUGGGAGAGGGAGAGGGAGGAGAAAAAGAGACAGUGGCCAUGUGAGCCCUGGGAUAUUUUUCCCCUCUGAAAACAGUAACCCUGUUGUGAGUCCCAGCCAGCAGGUGUCCUCAGCAGAGAGAAGUACAGGCACACCUCACGAGAAGCCCCACACCUCUCCAUCAUGGGGAAAAGGGGGCGACCUGCUGCUGGGGGAUCAAUCUGACCUCAUGUCAUCUCUUGAUAGUGGCAUCCAGAGCGCAUCCAAGUCUGAGGUCUGUUCGCCCCGCAUGGAUUUCACAGAUGAUGCGGUGGUCACACAUUACAGCAAUGAAGAUGAAGUUUCAUCCAGCUCAGAUGCACAGUCCUCUGUGAAGCCUGGCUGCAGCCCUUUGUUAGGCUCGCCCAAAAUGCCCAAUGGACUAAUGAGUGGGCAGAAAGGGCAAGGCCUCUCCAACCAAACUACCUCAACAUCGGAUGGCUUUGGUGGAGCAGGCCAUCCGGGUACACCAGGCAUGGAGCAAGUCCGCACACCCUCCAGCACCUCUGGCCAAGAUGAAAUUCACCCGCUAGAAAUACUGCAGGCUCAGAUUCAGCUUCAACGCCAGCAGUUCAGCAUUUCAGAAGACCAGCCUUUAGCUGUGAAUAAUAACAAAAAAAGCAGUGAACUUGGAGACGGAGAGCUUGCCAGCUGUGGUCCAGAUGCGGAGAAGAGCUCUGUGGGCACCAUUGAUCUUGACACACUCAUGGCAGAGCAACAUGCCACUUGGUAUGUGCCCAGUGACAAGUGUCUGCUCGAGGAUUCAGAGGAAGAGAAGUCUACGUGGGAGAAAAAUAAAGCCCAAGCAACCAUCAAAGAAGAGGCAGACCUCACUCAAAAUAAGAGCGGAGGAGGAGCAGGUUCCUCUGGGACCGCUGGAGGUAUGGGUUCUCAUCUCCAGUGCCUGUCAGUCCAUUGCACAGAUGAACUCGGGGAGUCAAAGGGACGCGGAGGGCCUGUUCCUUCAUGGCGUUCCCUGCACUCGGACAUCUCGAAUCGGUUUGGGACAUUCGUAGCUGCGUUGACUUGAAGAUAAAUAGCAGAAAAAGAACUUCCACGAUGAGGACACAGAAACAAGACUUCCCUUUUUACACGGAGUCAGGAUUAAUCAAUGUUUCUUUGUCAGGAAAAUCUGUGCCCCCCUUUUUUUUGUAGAAAACAAAAAUGAUCACAGCGAGUCUUUCUGUAGGGUGGUAUUUUGGGAGGCAUAAGACCAGAUAACAGUAUACCAGUACUGAUGCUGUAUUUCCAGACCUCUGUAUGUUCUGAUGGCUAUUCUAUCCAUCAAGUUUUUUGCGCAUUCUUUCAAUUUCUUUCUUUUUCCCCCGUUUAUUGUUCCUUCUUAUCAAAUAACCCAGAUUUUGUCUCAGAUCUAGGAUCUUUUUCUGACCUCUCACCCUCAGGGCAAGUCAUUCUUUUGUUAUGGAGAGACAGAAGAGUGCUUUGAAAUUUGGUCAUCGUGAGCUGUACAGCCUGCUGGCUUUUUGGGAAAUGAGUAAAAGUGUCAAGGAAAUCCUUUUAAAAGACGUUUAAUGGAAAUUCAAUGAUCCACCAUCAGCUUUACCACAACAUUUUUGGUUACUCUAAAACAAGGGUGCCCAAACUCUUUCUUAUAAAGGGCCAAAAAUCUAACUUUUUUUUGAUUGAGGGUUGCGAGCUGAAGUCGAAUAUUCCAAACCAUAUUACAUCAAACUUGCCAUGUGUAAUUAUCUAAUUACUUUGCUAAUAUUUAAACUACAAAACGUAGCUGUAAAACAUACUAAUUAAUCAACAUAGGCUCAUUCUGAAAACAUUGCCCUAUAUAUGUUUCUAGAGAUCGUUAAUUAUGUAAAUCAUUAGGUAUGGUGGUAUAUUAUUUUGUAAAUGAAAAGGUGACCAAUUUCCUCAUUUUGGAAGGCAUUCCCAAUGUUACCAGUUUGUCCUGUUAGCUCACCAUGUAUGUUGACGGACUUGAGAUGCCAUGAAGAGUUGACCACGACGUUGGGGAAAAACGGUUCCAGAAAGCAGGAAAGACAAAAACAGAAGCCAAAAAAUAAAAUAAAGCAAGUAAAUAAAAUGGCGAGAAUGUGGUAAAAUCUGAAAACAUGGUAAAAAUCAGGCGAGGGUUUUUUUUUUUCUGGUUUGCUUUUGAAAAUUGUUGGUUGGGUUUAGGGAAGUGGGUGGACGUGUCAAUCGUUGCUUUGGAAAAUACUAUUGGUUGGGUAUAGGGAAGGAGGAGGGUGGACAGUCAGACGACAACGGCCUAUGGUGGAUUUACUCGAGAACAGCAGGCACGAAUGGCACUCAAAAAGUGUACACAGUGCCCUCUGGUGGAUUCGCGAAAACAAAAACUGCAAAAAAAAACAUAGGUCCUUGGUCGUAUUUGGUGCUCUCCAGAAAUGUAUAUAGAGAUACGUUUUCAGAAUGAGUCUGGGUUGUAAUUAAUGACGCAGUAUCAAUUUUAACAUUUUUUAAUGAACCCUGCAGGCACAUGAUGUCAACAAGGCGCCAUAUUGACGUUGUAUCCCAACCUACCCCAACAUCGUGGGGAUGAUGGAUUUUGUUUGGAAAUUAAAAUUGGGUUGACAUCAGAACUCAAUGUCAAACGUCCAACCUAAAAUCGACCUAAAAUCAACCAAAUAUCCACAUCUAAUCAUGUUACACCUUGAUGUUGUGGGGACGUUAGCACUAUGACAUCUAUCAAAUAUUGGAUUUUGGUCACUUUCCUACACAACCUAAAAUUAACCAAAUAUCAACGUCAUUUGACAUCGAUACUGCACGUCAAAAUGUUGUUGUCGUUAGACGCUGGCUAGACAUUGAAUUUUGGUCUCCUGACGUCAUGACCUAAAUCUCAUCUAAUAUUAAUGUCUUAUGAUGUUGUGUGCCUGCAGGGAACUAUAGAAAAACAUAAACAAUCCCUUUUAUAACACAAUGGAAAUCAAUGCUUCAGUACUGGUAUGCCACAUGGUUAAGAGGAAAUGUUCUUUUGAUGUUAAAUGGAUAACAAGUAGAAACCAGAACAUUGGUAUUGCACAUGUAAUUUUUAGGCAAUCUUAUACUCUUUAGAAACAUGCUUCAAUUGACCUGAAAAGGGUUAGAUGGAAGGUUAUAAUAAUGACAAUGUGGAGAUCCUUUUUUUUUGUUUCUUUCUUUCUUUUCAUUUUUUAAAGUAAUAUGUAAAGUGCAGUUGUCUGUUUUCCUGCAUAUUGUAUAUAUAUGUAUAUGUUUUAUUGAGUAACUAAAUAACAAUAAAUAUGAUGUUAAUGGUGACA